CUUUCAAGCUGGUGCUACGGCGCCCGCGUGGUACACAACUGGGACAUUGGCUACGUGAUGGUUAAUCGUGACGGCUACAACCUGAGGCGCGCCAUCGGUGUCAACGGAAAGCUGCCUGUCCCACCAGUCUACAUUACUGUUGGAGACAUACUGGUCAUCAACGUUGUCAACUCGCUGGAUGCACCAACGACUAUCCACGCGCAUGGGCUGCUGCAGAACGGCACCGGCUACAUGGAUGGCGCUGGCAUGGUAACCCAGUGCGGGAUACCUCCUGGUACAAACUUUACCUAUGAGCACUACGUGCACCAGGCGGGCACAUUCUGGCUACACGGCCACUUUGACCACCAGAAUGUCGACGGGCUGCGCACACCGCUGAUUGUCUAUGACAAGGAUUUGAGCGCACUCCCAAUGCAAUAUGACGAGGAUGUUCUGAUGUUCAUGGAGGAGUGGUAUCCAGUGGAGUUCCACACGCGGAUGGAUGAGCUGCUUAAUCCGACAGUGACAUUCCCUCCGCCAGCAUCAUUCCCGUUUGGGUUGAUCAACGGGUUCAAUGGAAAUGAGACAAAGCCUAUUUGCUUUAUGCCGAGAAAAAAGUAUCGACUUCGUGUAGUUAAUAUGGCAUCGACAGAAUGGUUCAAGUUCAGCUUGCCGGGUCACAUUUUGAACAUCAUUGAGGCCGACGGGAUCAUUUCGCAGCCACUGGCCGUUGAUGGUUUGGAUAUCGGCCCCGGACAAAGAUACUCGGUGGUCGUCCAGGCGCACAAUUCUGACGAGUUUAACUAUAUUUACAAUGCGACGCUAUAUGCCAACUUUGUCCCAUUUUUGCCUGGGCUCAACCCAAGGUACUACCAGGGCCUGAUCGAGUACAAAAGGGGUGCACCAGUCAAAAAUAUUGCCACAGAUAGCGACAAAAAAAUGCUGUGGGCCGAGGAUACAAGUUUGCAGGCAUUUGAUAUGCAGCCGGCCUUAAAGGUCGACCGGACAAUUAGGCUGGUUGCAGGCAGCAGGAGAUACAAGGGCAACAUGACGCUGGCGGUUCUCGACAAGGUGCCCUACAGAUCACCACUGGCCCCCACGCUUUUUACUGCGCUCUCAAUGGGCCAUCUGGCAUUGGACGAGGCUAUAUACGGUCCGCAGACUGAGGCACAUGUAAUCAGACAUGGUCAAGUGAUUGAGAUCGAUAUGCACAAUCCAACGGCUAUCGACCACGCUAUGCACCUCCAUGGCCACACAUUCCAGAUCAUCGAGUCGGGACCAUCCGGGGUCUCUAGCACUGCCAGGCUAGAUCCGGCGCCAGUUAAAAAGUUUAGUGGAUGGCCGAUAAAAAGAGACACGGUAGUUGUUGCUGCAUUCCACUAUGUGAAGCUGCGCUUCGUUGCUGACAAUCCGGGAGUGUGGCUGUUCCAUUGCCAUAUGGACGUGCAUUUUGCUUUGGGUCUGGCGGUGACGUUUGUUGAGGCGCCGGAUAUGCUGCAAAGAACGCAGAGUAUCCCGAAGAAUAUGAUACAGAUGUGCCUACGGCAGGGAAUCAAGGCUUCUGGGAACGGGGCUGGCAAC